CUCGUGGAGUUCUACGCGCCGUGGUGCGGGCACUGCCGGCAGAUGAAACCGAUCUGGGAGCGCCUCGCGAGCGAGCUGAGGGGGUUCGUCAAGGUGGGCGCGGUGAACUGCGAGACGCAAAAGAGCGUCUGCGGGAUGGAAGGCGUCGAGUCGUACCCGACGAUCAAGAUGAAGAAGGGCGGC